CUCCCUAAAGCCCUCCUCUCCUUCCGAAUUAGGGCUUUUCCCGCCUUUUCACUCUCUUCUCUACUGAAAGAGAGAGAGAGAGAGCAUUCUCUGAUUCUGGUUCUAGGGUUUCAUCAUUCAAUUCAAUAAUGGUGUCCCCUAAGCUACUCUUUUCCACCAUCGAGUUUCCCUCCUCGGCCCAACCUCUCCUUCUCCCUCUCAAAGGAUCGAGCUCAUGCACGCCAUUCGCCACUCUCUCCCCUCUCUCCAAUCCCUCCUCUCUUACCCUCCUCCGAAACAGUCAGACCGUGCUCAAGUCCAGUCCAGAGAAGUCAGGCUUCCGGAUUCUUCCCCAAUUUCACUUGAUGAGCAGGAUGUUCAGAUUCCAAUGGAAAUUUAUGUUGAUAACGAGGCGAAAUUGACCCUUCAUGGUCUUGUACAGGUUUUUCCCUUUUCUGACAUCUACGGUCGUUAGUUCUUCCUUAACUUCAUCUCUGUUAAGAUGCUGAGCAUUUUUUACUUCCAUCCGGUCAGGCUGAGGAUCUCUUUCACUGUUUUUUGAUUUUCUUAGUGCUCCACCCAAGGUAAUAUUAUCGCCAGAUGCAGAUCCACCAGUUGUCAGAAUAAUGGAUUGCAAGUACGACAUGCACUCACAAACAUUCUUCGGCUUUCUUUUUUUAAUGGUGGAUGCACUUUGAUGCUUCGAUAAAAUCCUACUCUGAGAUCACGUUGAUAUUAAUUUAUUGAUGGAUACAUAUUACAUUCUACUAAUAUGGGACUAAUCUUCAGAAAAUUUCAUGGUGCAUAUUUUAUGAAGAUUUAUGUGAUCUUCACAUUAUUAUUGCAAUUGACUAAUUUACUUUAGGCUACUAUUUUGGACAAUUGCUUAUAGUUAAGGGCAUUGAAAAACAAACAUUAAAUUUAAGGCUUGGGGGUGAGACAAUGGUUGAAAAUAUAGAUGUCGAAGUUGAUGUUCUA